AUGCGGAAGGGAAACCGGGAACUUCGAAGCUCCGAGGUGGACAGCUUGUGUCUUCGUCUCACCACUGAUUACUUCCCGAGACAUCUUCUCGGUGGUUAUUUGAUUCUAAUUCACAUUAUGGCAUUCCGUAGCCCUUUCGCCAUCCCCCGGCAGCUGAUCAAUGGCGCCUCUUUGGGGACACGAUCAGCGGUGGGCAAUCGAAUGAGAACCAUGAGCCAAAGAGGACUCGCUACAGCGGUACCACCAGUGACACAAACUUCCGCUGGCUCCAAGGGCCCGACAGCAAUGGUUUUCAUGAAUAUGGGGGGUCCGUCAACAACCGACGAGGUUCAAGAUUUCUUGAGCAGAUUAUUUGCGGACGGUGAUCUCAUUCCCUUAGGACGUCUGCAAUCAUACAUUGGUCCCCUCAUCGCCAAACGAAGAACCCCCAAGAUCCAGAAGCAAUACGCAGAAAUCGGCGGAGGAUCUCCAAUCCGGAAAUGGUCCGAGUACCAGUGCGAAGAGAUGUGCAAGAUUUUAGAUCAAAUUUCUCCAGAGACUGCGCCUCAUAAGCCAUACGUUGCAUUCCGCUACGCUGCGCCAUUGACCGAGACUAUGUACCAACAAUUGUUCGCGGAUGGCUUUGGGCAAGGAAAGGGAGGACGCGCUGUUGCGUUUACACAAUAUCCUCAAUACUCUUGCUCAACAACUGGCAGCUCCCUUAAUGAGCUUUGGAAGUGGCGCAACCGCCUAGAGGGCAAGCGCGCGAGUGGAGAGCCCGAGCCAGCUGGUGCGAUUGAAUGGAGCGUCAUUGACAGAUGGCCUACUCACUCUGGUAUCGUCGACGCUUUUGCACAGAAUAUCGAGGUACAGCUCAAGACAUACCCAGAGGAGAAGCGAGACCAGGUCGUAUUGCUCUUCUCGGCCCACAGCUUGCCUAUGAGCGUCGUCAACCGAGGUGAUCCCUACCCUGCUGAGGUUGCUGCCACCGUUCACGCUGUGAUGCAAAGACUCGGUUUCAGCAAUCCCUACCGCCUGUGCUGGCAAUCGCAGGUGGGACCUAAGGCAUGGCUUGGUGCUCAGACCAGCGAUACCGUCCAGGAGUAUGUGAAGCGGGGCCAGACAGAUCUGAUCCUAGUUCCUAUUGCGUUCACAAGUGAUCACAUCGAGACACUUUAUGAGCUGGAUUUGGAGGUCAUGGAAGAGGCCAAUAGCCCUGGUGUAAAGCGCGCGGAGAGCCUGAACGGCAACCCUGUCUUCAUUCAGGGGCUUGCGGAGAUUGCCCGCGACCAUUUGCAAAAGGGUGAGCCCUGCUCCCGCCAGAUGACUCUGCGUUGCCAGGGCUGCACUAGUGAGCGCUGCUUAGGACAGAAGAAGUUCUUUGCUGGCCAAGAGUAUUCUUCUAUGGUGGUUUAA